CUACGUCCGGCGGGCGGGUGGCAGUUUUGAACGUUGGAGCUGUUCUCGCGCCAUGAGCGGGCUGUCAGAGGCAUUGUCUCCUCAGCCGGAUCCGGUCAGGCUGUGGCCUGUCACCCGUCUCAGCCUCCUGUUCUUUUAAUACGCUGUCAGCCACUCCUUGCGUUUUUAAACAGACCGCGCAUAAUUGUUUGGCCUUUAGACAACGGGCAGGCGAUCGCUCCAGAUUGUAGACACAUUACUCAAGAAACAGGAUGGCCAACCAGGAAGAAACCUGGGAACAACUUGAUUCAGAAUUUGACCACUAUUUAGUUGACAUGAAACCAUAUGUUCUGAAACUGUCACAUAAGUCAGAACGUCAGAGAUGUGCCUUGUGGAUCAAGAAAUUGUGUGAUCCAUCUGGAGCUGGAGCAGGAGUAAUGGGACGCAAAAACCGAAACAUGUAUGCCAAGCUUUUACUUCACAUGCUGAGACGGGGAGUGCUUGAAGGUCCUUUCACACAUAGACCAGAACCUGGAUCGCUUAAAACACUGCCUUCUUACAUGUCAAUCUACUUUGAUGAGCCCAGUUUUUCAAAACCACUUGAUCAUGGAGUUGAGGGAAUACCAGACUGGGUAACAGGAGACCUGGGUUCAGGGGAUUCAAAGUCCAGUGGCUCCUUGAGAAGUUGCUCCAAAGAUAAUGCAUCUUCUGACUUCCCACGUGUUGUUCACAGGCGAAGACACACGUACAGUGGCAAGGUGGUUUCUGAACCCAGAGCAGUUACAUCUUCUGAUGAGAGUGACUUUGAAGCAAGAUUAAAUAGCUGGAAUCUUGGGAUUGUAAACCCCAGAUAUCUAAGAGAGAAACCAAUACCUCUGUCUCCGAUUUUACCUAAAACAAGCCUUGGAAACGUUAGCAUAUCCUGCAAUGAGCAGACUUUGAUUCAAAUGCAUGAAAAAGAGGUACAGAUGAAGACAAAGAUGCUGGAAGCAAAAUUCCAUGAGGAGAAGCUCAAACUGCAGCAGAAGCAUGACGUUGAUGUUCAAAAGAUUUUGGAUCGGAAGAAUAAUGAGAUUGAGGAGCUAAAGACACUGUAUAGAAACAAGCAAAAGGAAGCAGAAGAGGUGAAUAAGAAGCUGGAAAAGAGAGUUCAGAGUUUGGUUCGUGAAUCACAGAUUAUUCGAGAAAGUAAAGAGAAGCAGAUUAUUGAGUUGAAGAAGAUGGCUGAGCAGAGUGCUGAUUCCUUAAAAAAUGAUUGGGAAAGAAAGUUACACAAUAUUGUAGCAGAACUAGAGCAAGAGAAGUUUGAACUACAGAAGAAACACACAGAGAAUAUUCAGGAAAUCCUUAAUAAUACCAACUCACGCCUUAGUAAAAUGGAGACAGAAUAUUCCGCUCAGACUAAGACCACUAAUCAAAUGGUGAAAGAACUGGAGGCUCGUGUACAACAGUUGACUAUAGAGGCUGAGAAUAGCACUUUGGUGCGACAGAAACUAACCCAAGAGAAAGGUGAGCUAGAACAGCGCUGCCAGAUGAUAUGCUUGGAGCUGCAGGAGGUAAAGUUAAGAUACAGCUCCCUUCAAAAGGAAAAGCAGCAAAUGUUGGAGGAUCAUGACAAAGAUGUAAGGCAAAUGCAAAAUAAACACGAUUCUGAGCUCAACUACUUAAAGCAGGAGCAUGCGCACUCAGCAGCCAAGGCCUCUAAUGUCAUUGAAGAAUUGGAACAGAAUGUCUUCCAACUGAAGAAGGAACUGCAGGAAAGUGAACAUCAGAAACAGCAAUGGCUGAGGAACCAAAUGGGAAAGUUUGAACAAGAAAGGCUGCAUUUGGAGCACCUUUAUGAAAAGAAGAUUCAUGCCUUACAGUCUGAGAAAGACUUGGAGAAAACAGAUGCAAUGAAACAAAUUCGGAAUUUGGAAGAAGCCUUUCGGUAGUGAAGCAGUCCACAAGCACACGUAGAAAGACGUGGACAACACUCAAGAUUGUGGCAGGUUAUGUCUGUGGCACACAUACGCCAAACAGUGAUCAUCUCCAACAAGAGAAACCUAUCACCUCCCCUUGGUGUUCACUGGCCAUUAUCCAUAUCCAGGGUGUCACCAUUGAUCAGUGGCUGGAUCGGUCUAUCCACAUAAAUAUUCUGGCUAGAAGAGCUCUGUGAUGAUCAGCUCAGCUCCUGAUUCCCCAAAAUGUUUACAAACUUUACCUGUAACCAAUGUCUGGGUGUGACCUGUGUCUAAGAACAAGUAUGUGAGACAUUAUGUUUUAAAUUCAGGUAAAUGCCUGAUAAUAAAUACUGUUGUGAGUUUUUGAAUAAAUA